AUGGCGAUUAAGUUGGUCGUUGGAGGGUUCUCUUUGAACAUUAUUAGUGCUUACAUGCCGCAAGAGGGCUUGGACGAGGAGGAAAAGAGGCGUUUUUGGGAGGAUUUGGAUGAAGUGGUGGGAGGUGUACCGCCUACUGAGAAUUUAUUCGUAGGGGGAUAUUUUAAUGGACACAUUGGGUCUGUUUCGAGGGGUUAUGAUGAUGUGCAUGGGGGUUUUGGCUACGGAGACAGGAACGGAGUAGGUGUCUCACUUCUGGAUUUCGCUAAGGCUUUUGGUUUGGUGGUAGCCAACUUGAGUUUCCCUAAGAAGGAGGAGCACUUGUGGAGUGGGGAAGUCCAAGGUAAAGUGGAAGCAAAGAAGAUGGCGUAUGCAAAGCUGGUAGACAGCAAUGAUGACGAAGAAAAGUGGACGAAUAGGAAAAAGUAUAAGAUGGCGAGAAAGGAGGCGAAGUUGGCAGUGCCGGCAGUAAAAACGGCAGCUUUGGAACGCCUUUAUACAGAACUAGAGGACAGAGGCGGGGAUAAGAAGUUGUUCAGGCUUGCCAAUGCAAGAGAGAGGAAGGCACGCGACCUGGAUCCAGGACGAGGAUGGCAAAAUGUUGGUGGAGGAAGCUCUCAUUAG